CACAGCUGAGAGAGGACGUAGUGAAAAAGAAUUGAACAGUCAGUCUCUACUGAUCGGGCGGAGUGGCACCGCUUCUUUUGUUCCAUAUCCGGUUGACACUAAACUGAAUUCAAAUAUACCUAAACAAUGCCGUCACGAAAAUGUUCAGAAAUUGAAGUCUCAUAUGGGGCGAAUGGGAUAGUGAUGGACUAUUGCGGCUCCUAUCUGAAGAGGCAGAGGCACGACAGUGAGCAGUCGUCCCCAGGCUGCAGCCUGGAGUACACAGACCUAGAGGCUGCAGAGGCUCUGGUCUGCAUGAGCUCUUGGGGCCAACACCGCCCCAACCCCUGCAAACCCAGACCCCUUACACCUGCCUCGGACUCCUGCGACUCCCUCUUGCCUCCGGACCCACCGGAGCCCCCCAAGGACUUUGUCUCGCUCUCCUCCCUGUGUAUGACACCCCCUCACAGCCCCAGCUUUGCUGAAACCUCCACCAGCACUGCCAUCCACACCAGCACCUCUCCUCUGAGCCGGCCCAGCUCCAGCCUCUCUGUAAGGGUCUGUGGGGUCCCACGAUCGCCCAUGGCCUCCAUUGCCGAGUCCCCAACCACCGGAAAGACCCCACCACCGGCACCCUGCCGAGCCAUGGUAACCAGCGUCAUCCGCCACACCGCAGACACACACCCCUGCGAGCAAAUUCCAGCACCGCCCACAGAGCAACAGAGGGUCUCAGAGCUGGUGGUCCAUCAACAGCACACAGUAAAGACUGAACAGAAGAGCAAACCUCCAUCUGCCCCCUUCACACCCAACCUCGCCCUCCUCUCUUCCUGUAGGGAACAGCCAGUCAUGACUGAGAAGGAAGAGGUAAAGGUUAUCCACUGUAAGAAGAGCCCCUCCCUUCCUCCCGCUAACGCCCAAUCACAAAACAGCCCGCCCACAUGCCUCUCCCCACCCCCCACCUCCAGCCCUCCAAUCAUCUGCCAGAUGUUCCCGGUGAGCAGCCAAUCGGGGAUGAUCUCGGCAUUCAUCCAGGGCCCGAUGCAGGCCUCCAGGACCCCCACGUCCAUCCUGCCCCAGUCUGGCCCUCGAGGGGCCCUCCAGCAGCCCUUCCUCAUGGGCCAGGCUAUGCCCCAGGGCACGGUGAUGCUGGUUCUCCCCCAGUCCCACGUCUCUCAGGCCCCCCACUGCUCCCCACAGACUGUCAUGACCCUGGGCCACACCAAGCUGCUACCUCUGGCCCCCGCCCCGGUCUACGUGCCCGCCGGACCCUGCGGCGCCACCAAGAUGGACUUCUCCCGCCGGAGGAACUAUGUGUGCAACUUCCCCGGCUGCAGGAAGACUUACUUCAAGAGCUCCCACCUCAAGGCACACCUCCGAACACACACAGGUGAGAAGCCCUUCAGUUGCAGUUGGGAGGGCUGCGACAAGAAGUUUGCGCGCUCUGACGAGCUCUCGCGCCACCGGCGGACCCACACGGGCGAGAAGAAGUUUGUGUGCCCCGUGUGCGACCGGCGCUUUAUGCGCAGCGACCACCUGACCAAACAUGCCCGCCGUCACAUGACCACCAAGAAGACACCCUCCUGGCAGGCCGAGGUGCGCUGCCCCAACAAAAUGUCCGCUCCCAAGCCGCUGCCAUCAAACCCUGCCUCACUUUCCCUCAGUAUGCUGGUACCUGCCUUAAACUAGACUGCCCAACACUACCCACUAGUGACUUCUUACCCCAAACCCCCAAACCAUGACAGGGAUAGGGGGGGCAGCCAAGCACACAAGGCUGCCAUUUUACUCAUGGAAAAUGUCUGAAGACAUGCACUGGACUCUUUUUCCUCUACUGCUCAUUUGUACAUUUUUGUUUUGCAAAAGGAAUUGUUUUGUUUACUUUUCAGAUAUUUUACACAAUUGUGUGUAUAGAUGUAUGCACUCUUUUGCCAAAGCCUUUGUAAUGAAGUUUGUCUUAUACAUUUCAACUGUCUUCUUUGUAUGUAUAUUUGUACAUAAUAUCUAUGUGAAUGUAUUGUGUCGUAUCGUAUUCCGAACUACAUUUGUUAAUUUGGGAAAAUUACUUAAUUGUGUAAAACAAUCUUUGUGGAUAGUAGUCUAUUAUACUGUGAUAAUUACUACCGCUUUGACUUUUCAUAUUAUUUAAUACACAUUUGUAAUAAAGAAAAAAAUAUUAA